AUGAAUAAAAAUUUAGAAAUUGAAAGUAAUUAAUUAUACACAUUAAUAAAUAGAAAUUAAUUUAUUCAAUCAAAUGUCUCAGUAAUUAGAUGAAAAACAGUAGGAAUAUUAAAAAAUAUUAAAGGAAUAAUAAAAUAAGGGUAUUUCCGAUUUAAUUUUUAUAGAUUAAAAUGAAAUCGAUGAGUUAACUGCCAAAUUAAAAUAAAAGGAAAAAGAAAACUAAAAUUUCAAAGAGUUGAUUGAACAAAAAAGUUAAGAAAUAACUAAUCUGAAGAAAUAAAAUGAACAAGAUAAAUUACAGAUUAUUAAGACUUUAGAAGAUCAAAGUAUUCAUUUUCAUUAAUUAUAUAUAGAAAACAAAGAAAUUUAAGAAAUGACUCAGAAAAUCAAUCAAAAGGAAUCAGAAUUCUAAACUAUUUAAAGACAAUUAGAUUAGAUUAAUCAAGAAAAGUUAGAAAAAGAAAAACAAUCUAAAUUAGAAUUAGAAAAAGUAUUCUAUUACAAUAUUUAUUUAUCAUAUAGAUUAAGCAAUAUCCUAAAACAUUAUUAUUUUCUAAUACCUAUAAGGGUGCUAAUUGUUAAGUAAGUGAAGGUGGAAAAGUUGUUGAGAAUAGUAAUAGUAGUUAUUAUUGUCUUUGUGAAUAAGCAAUUCCAAAGAAUGGGAAAACACUGUUUGCAUUCUAAAUGAUUAGUGGAACUUGUUUUUAUAUUGGAAUAGGAUUCAGAGAUAUUAUAUAAAAAAAUAAUUAUUAAUGUACAGGAGUUGGGAAUGGGUAUUAAAUUUAAUCAUAAUAGAUCAUAUAUGAUAUAUUCUAGUGGUUAUACUUUCUCUCAUCAUAAUAAAGAUGUUAAUGGUAAAUAAUUAUCAUUCACAUUUACAACUAACGAUGUAAUAAUAAUUGAAGUAAGUAUUGAACAUAAGUAUAUUAAAUGGAUGAGAUAGAAUAAUCCAUUAGCAACUGUUGUAACUAUCAAACUAUUAUUAGUAGCUAGAAAUAGAUACUUCCAUAUCAUAAGAAUUAUAUCCAUGUGUGUUUAAUGUUAAUUCUAAAGUUAAAAUAUUGGAUAAUAUUCCAAAUUGA